AUGACCACACUUAUAAAUAAGAUGGCACGAAUGUUAACUAUUUUUUCAUUAGCUUGUAAUGUUCUCACGGUAAGUGCUAAUGUACUAACGAAAGUUACUGACAGUAUUGCCUACCGGGAUUACUACGAGCCAUCAAGCAUAUGGGAUAACGUCACAAUAUGUCUCUCUAACGUAACCGACCUCAAGAUGAUAAUCGAUAAGUCGUACUACGGAAAUAGAGUGUCCGUGACCACCAUAUGGGUUGAUUCAGGCGCCAACGAUGCCGAUAGUAUCGACCCUGAAUUGGCCAUGAAACUGGUUAAGUGCGUAAAGGACAAUACGGGCAGCCCGAACGUCCACGCGUUCGGCCACAACCCUUACGCGGCAGUCGCUUCUUAUGAAGAUCAUGUUUACGAUGAGUUUUAUGGCUACUUCGGCCAUGGCUAUCCCCAACACUAUGAGAAAGACUACGAGAGUGACGGUAACCCCGAUGACACUGGCGAUAUUGAUGGCAGCCUUGUGGCUAAGGGCAAUGGUAAAUGGCUGGAUAAAAUAGUACCCAACCAAGGGUUACAUUGGGCAGGACUACGAAUAUUGGAAUACACUAUGAUAGAGACCUUAAUAAAGACAACCCACUACUAUCACAGAUGCAUCAGUUGGAACAGAAUACGAUGCACAAUCAAGAAUUGGAGCUAUAAUUUGGUAUGGAAAGAAUAUUUUCAAUGUAUACUCAAAUAA